AUGACCACGACCACAACCACGACCGCGCCUAAGCCUGCGCCUGCGGCUUCGGCUGCUCCUUCUGCUGCUGCUGCUGCUACUGCCGCUGCCGCCGCCCUUACCGCCGCCGCCUAUGCAGCCUCGCUGCCGCUGCCGCCACCUCGCGCGCUGCCCGCGCCCCCCCACCAGCUCGCGACCCGUCGCAGGGCGCUCGCAGGAUCAUUCCCUGCGAGCGCUGCGUCGACGCGCUUAUGGUGA